ACCAAGAGCAAAUUUGCAAGAUGCAUUUUCUGUUCAUCUUCGUUUCCAUUAUUGCUGUUGUGUACGCACUCGUAGACGUGGCAGCCUCGACCAGAUGUGCAUGGUCGUGCAAGUGUCACCGAAAAACCAGGAUAGCCUAUUGUGGCAAAUACAAACCGGGAAUAAAAACAAUACCAGUUCCACCGACGUACAUAAGACAUUACACGUUCUCCAAUGGCAACAUACCUGUAUUGAACAGGACGAUGCUGGCUCCAUUGUCAAACCAUUCGCUCGUUUCUUUGGCUUUGAUCAAUGACAGCAUCGUGGUGCUAACACAAGAUGUGUUUACAGACUUCCCAGAAUUAAGUUCUUUAGAUCUGAGCGGAAACAAAAUACCGAUGACGCUGUUAAAAGCGGCCUUCAUGUCCGUUGGUUACAAACUGAAAAAUCUCAUGCUUAGUGGCAUGAACAUGGACGUCAUUCCAGAUGAUUUACUGGAGAACAACAAGACAGCUAAUAUCAAAAAGAUUAUUUUGAGUCAUAACAAGCUGACAUCAUUUAACGAUUCCUUUUUCGUCCUGAUGCCGGAGCUGGAAACUCUAGAUCUCAGCUACAACCAAAUAUCCUCUUACCACAGUGACUACCGUGACGAAAACCAUAACCUGAGGAAGUUACAACUUGGUCACAAUUGGUUGACAGAAAUACCAAAUUUUUGUUGGCCAAAUGGCACAACCCGUUACCAUAGACUCCAAGGUUUGUACGUCGACAACAACCUAGUCCACAAGUUACACAGAUUGUCUUUUCAUUGUCUUAGUACUGUACAAAAGAUUUCGCUAAACGGUAAUCUGAUGCGCGUUCUAGAAAAUAAUACAUUUAGCGAACUUCCCCGGCUCUUCACCUUGCAGUUAACUCAUCUACCCCAACUACGGAUGAUGGAAGAAUUGGCCUUCAAUUCUACGUCGCUUUACAAACUGGACCUGUCUGGCAACAGCCGGUUAACAUUCGAAAUGUUUCCCGGACACUUCCCGUUCAUCUGGGCCACAAACCUAGGUGAGCUGAAUCUCCAGGACACUCGGAUAAUGCUUACACUAAGUAGUUUUAGAUCCAUGCUGCUACAACUAAAGUCCGUAAAACACCUGAAUUUACAGAGAACAGAGAUAUCCAAAUUACCACGAAGGACACUGAGCCAUCUACCGUUAUUAAGGAUUUUGGAUUUGCAAGGGAACUAUCUGGCUACCUGGUAUCCCGAAACGUUCAGUAACGUAACGCAGUUAGAGUACGUAAAUCUUGAUGGUAAUCGUAUAAGUAUUAUUAACGAAAGGUCAUUUCCGAUCGAGUUUAGAAGCCACAUUAAGAAAAUUAACCUCGGUAACAACGACUUCCUCUGCACAUGUGCCUUGCUGUGGUUUCGCACAUGGAUGAAGCAAGCAAUAACGAACAAAACUAUACGGUUCGUCAACUAUCCAAACCGUUAUUAUUGUAAGAACCCAUACCACCAGAGACUAGAACAUUAUAACCCCACUGCCGAAUCUUGCAAAGUUAAGAAUCCUUACGUCGUUGCAUAUGUAUCAUCAGGAACAUUCGUUGUUGUGGUGGUUGUCGCUGCCCUGGUGGUAUACUACAACCGUUGGAAUAUUCGAUACUUCAUGUAUACAAUGAGACGACGUCGGUAUCGGCAGCUGCCUGGGCGUGAAGUUGAAAUCAAGUUUGAUGUCUUUGUGUCCUUUGAUUCUGAGGAUUCAGACUGGCUAAUGGAAGAAGUGGCUAACUUUUUGGAGAAUGACCUAAACCUCAAACUGUGUAUUCACGAAAGGGAUUUUCAAGGAGGCAAAAUGAUUAUCGAUAAUAUCAUGGACUGCAUGGAUCAAAGCGAGAAGAUCAUAAUGAUUGUGUCCAACAACUUCGCCAGGAGUAACUGGUGCCAGUGCGAAGUGAAAAUGGCUCUUAACCAACAAUUUGAAAUUCACAAGGACGUCAUUGUUGUUAUCCGCGAAAUGGUUGACAGAAAAUAUAUGUUCAAAUCUCUCAAGGCAUUGCUUGCUACCACUACAUACAUCGAAUGGAAGGAAGGUGAAAGAGCAAAACAGGUUUUCAGAAAUCGUCUGCAAGAAGUCAUGACUCGUAAAAAUGAUGAACAGUAAAUGAAGCGUUUUAGGCUUGGGUGCUUGUUUCAGUUUAAAGACACCAAUCGUGGGAUACUGGUUGGGACGGGAAAAAAACAUUGACAAUGGUUCCACCAAGGGACUUUAAUCAUUCAAUUCAAACACAUCAGGCGAGCGCUUUUACCGUACUCAAAGGAAGGAAAUGUUUUAUUUAAUGACGCAUUCAACACAUUUUAUUUACGGUUACAUGGCAUUAGACAUAUGGUUAAGGACCACACAUAUAUUGA